AAGAGCCCUAGACUACAGCGAGAGUGUGUGAGAAUGUGAGAUUGUGACAGAGAGAGAGAGAAAGAGAGAGAGAGAGAGCAAGAGAUAAACACACACGCAUAUACAACAGUUACUGUAAUACUCAGAUGUUCUUUCUGAUAGAGUGACACGGCUAGACCAAAGCAGAUCUGUCUUGCAAUUCAAGACUGGCUUUUCACUUGAACUGUUCAGGUUAAGUCAGGUCUCUGCUGUAAUCCAAUACAUACUCUUCUGAAGUAAUUGUAAAUGGUUGCAGCUUAACUAUUUUUUAUUUUAGUUUUCUUUCUUUUUGUUAAUAUGACUGAGUCUUGCUGGGCAGUGGAUAACUGAAGCAUGAACAGAUCUGGAAGAGGACAUAAGUCUUUCUGAAGGUGGUCACUGUCAGGUAUUAUAAGGAGAAAGGUAUACCAUCAAGGAACCAUGAAUUUAAACAAAGAUGCAAUGGCCAAAGGAUUCCUGGAGGAUUUGUUGGAGCUGACAUCUCAGAAUUUACCUCUGAUGGAGCUGAAAGAACACUAUAAGUUUGUCAAGGAGCUUGGUCGUGGGUCCUAUGGACGUGUAUUGUUGGUAACUCAUCGACUUCGAGGAACACCAAUGGCUCUUAAGCUGAUGCCUAAGAACAAGACAAAACUUCACAGUUUUCUGCAGGAGUACUGUAUCUCCCUUUGCCUGUCCUCUCACCCUGGUUUUGUGAAUGCCUUUGGCAUUAUCUUUGAAACAAAGUGUCAGUAUGGAUUUGCUCAGGAAACUGCUGUAGCCAAAGACCUUUUCUCCAUCCUUGAACCAGGGGUUGGUAUUCCUGAAGCAGCUGCCAAACGCUGUGCAGUACAGGUUGCCAAUGCUUUAGAAUUCAUGCACAGCAAGGGUCUUGUUCAUCGUGACAUUAAACCAGAUAAUGUCUUGUUGUAUGACCGUGAUUGUCACCAGGUGAAAUUGACUGACUUUGGGUUGACAUGUCUACGGGGAACUGCGGUGAAGCCCCUCUCAGGAACCCUGCCAUACACAGCUCCAGAAAUGUGCCAGUUAUCAACUUCAGAGAGUUUGUCUGCAGAACCCAGUUUAGACAUUUGGGCAUUUGGAGUUCUUCUUUUUUGCCUCGUGACUGGAUUCUUCCCUUGGGACAGGUGUAUAUAUACAGAUCCUAACUUCAAGUUAUUUUGCAGCUGGCAAAAAAGAGGAAUUACGUUUGAUAUCCCUUCUUUGUGGAUGAAACCCAGUGUGAAUAGCCUUCCAUUGUUCCGAAACCUCUUGAUGAUUAAUCCACUGCAAAGAAGCCCUGCUGGAGAAAUUCACCACUUUCUCAGAGUCCAGUGGAAGCUGAAUACUGUAAAGCAAUACACUAGGGUAGACAAUGCCAACUUUCUGCAAAAAUCUGAAAACAAAAAUAAACUAUUAUUCUUAAAUGACAAUCUGCAAACACCAGAUGCAUCUUCAACUUCAAUACAAGAAGUUCCAUGUGUAUUCUCCCAUGCUAUAGAGAAAAAUAGCAAAUGGACACACUAAAGGAACUUGCUUUGCUUGAAGGAAAACCUUUUCAUGGGCAUUUUACUCACAGUUACUAAUUUUGUUUUCUAUUGUGCCACAGCUUGCAGCCAAAUGUUUAUUUUCUUUGUAUGCACUUGUCAAUACAUUUUUUUAUUUAUCUGCAUCUGUGUGAAUAAGACAAAGGAAGAAUAUACAGAUCAGCAGAUUUGUGUUCAUGAUUUAUGUAACUAGCAUUGAAAAUUUAAGUUCCAUGAAAACAAUAUGACCUUGGUACUCGUGAUGUUGGGUGACAUGCCUUAGACAAAAAGGCAUGACACACAGAGGAAAAGGGUUAACAUGGAGAACAUUAUUCCUGAAUAUCCAGGCACAGCUCUUUUUUUGAAAGUGCUCUCAAUGAAAAGUAGCUUGGCCAAAUCAUAGUGGAUGAAUGUGGCUUCUAUCAAUGUUAUAUUUCAAUUAAAAUAAUUUGGCUGAAAGUGGUUGGUGUAGCAUUUGCACAUGUUAAAGAAUCACUGUUAGAUUUUAAUUUGGGUUAGAUUAUAAGAAUUUAGCUUUGGCAACAUUUAGGGUCAGGUUUAGGCUUAUGGUUACAUUUAGGAUUAAAGUAAGGUAUACAUUUAAGGUUAGAUUUAGGUCUUGGUUUAUAUUUGGGUUUUGAUAAACUUUGGGGUUAAGGAGU